AUGCUCACUGCACUUUCACGUUUCGUCGCGAAAUCCGCCCAGCACGCCCUCCCUUUCUUCAAACUGCUACGCAAAGAAGCAGCCUUCGAAUGGUCCGAAGAAUGCGAGCAAGCACUUGCACACCUUAAGCAAGUACUUUCCGAACCGCCCGUCCUUUCUCGACCAGACGACAACGAGCCUCUGUAUCUUUACCUAGCCGUUUCAAACGAGGCCGUCAGCGCGGCACUGAUCCGAGAAACCGUAGACGGACAAAAACCCGUGUACUUCACCAGCAAAGCUCUACAGGGACCCGAGGUGCGAUACCAACAGAUCGAGAAAGUCGCCAUGGCCCUGGUAAUAGCGGCCAGAAGGCUACGAUACUACUUCCUCGCCCACACAAUCUUUGUUCGGACGGACCAACCCAUCAAGCAACUCCUCAGCCGACCAGACAUGGCCGGCAGAAUGCUAAGGUGGUCCCUCGAGCUUUCAGAAUUCGACGUACAGUAUGAGAGCAGGAAGGCACUAAAAGCACAGGCACUGGCGGACUUCUUGGCCGAAAUGACCUCUAUCGUCGACUCGCCCGACGCAACUAAAGACAAGUGGACCAUCUACGUAGAUGGCGCGUCAAGCAGCUCGGGCAGCGGGGCAGGCAUUAUCUUGGAAAACGACGAAGGUCUUAUCAUAGAAGUAUCUUUAGUCCUCUCCUUCAACACGUCGAACAACCAGGCCGAGUAUGAAGCCCUCCUCGCGGGACUGAGACUCGCCGAGGACAUAGGGGCACGAGAGGUCAAGAUCUACACUGAUUCCCAACUCGUCGCAUCUCAUAUCAGCGGCGAAUACCAGGCCAAAAACGACGUACUUGCCGAAUAUCUCGCGCUCGUCAGAGAUAAGAUGAAAAAAAUCGCCAAAGUAGAAGUCGAGCAUAUCCCCCGAGAACACAACUCGCGCGCCGACAUACUGUCCAAACUUGCGAGCACGAGAAAGAAAGGGGGAAACAAAUCAGUUAUCCAAGAAAUUCUGCCCAGACCAAGUGUAGGCGAAAACGCGCGAGCUCUACAGAUAUUCGCCAUCGGGGACGACCAAUGCUGGAUGACCCCAGUGUACAACUUCCUCACAAAAGACGAGCUCCCCGCCGACACGAAAGAAGCCUCAACGAUUAAGAGACGAGCGUGCUCAUACACUAUCCUCGAAAACAAGCUGUACCGACGAGGUUUCUCCAUCCCCCUCCUUAAAUGCAUCGAUGCCUCGCAAGCACUAGAGGUACUCCAGGAGCUCCAUGAUGGAAUCAACGGCCAGCACCUCGGCCACAAAACAUUGGCACGUAGGCCAUAA